CGGAUCAAAUUUUUCAAUAUCUGCGUAUUUUUAAAUGUGACAUUAAACGCGUAAAUCAUACUGUUAUUAUAAAUGUUGUUAAACGAAAUGUUAUGUUGCCAAAAUUUAGUGAUCAUUCUUAUCUUUCACCUUUUUCAAUUAUUUUCUUAUCUUCUUUUUUUCUUUCACUUCAUUACCUUCAAACCAACGUUAUUUUCUACACACAUGUACAAGACAAUCAUCAUAGAUAAAAUCAAUUCAGUGAAAGAAAAUCAUACCAAGAAGGAAAAUCCGCCCGAGCAUACCAAAUGUAAGGACUGUAAUGAUUUGGGUCACUUUAAUAAAAAUUACCCGGGAUGCAAGUACCAUAAAGCUAUAUCCGCCGAUGAUGUUGGGACUCGCAAUAAGAAGAGAAAACAGAGCGCCAGUGUUAAAGCAGAGAAGAAAGCAGUGAAAAAGAAGAGAACAGCAUCACAGGCUGUAGAGUGUUCCAGUUGUGGGAAUGAUGACCAUGCUUCUCCUCGUUCGCCUCUUUGUCCUAAUCACAUACAAUCAAAGGACGAGGCCAUUUCAUCUGUCCUUGGCCAUGAUUCUACUGUUUUUGCGAGGAAGCUUCCUAUCGACAGUGCCGUUUUACCACAGUUUCGUGAAAAGUUCAAGGAAAAGGUCAUCUCCUGCUGCAAGGACAUCAGAGCUAUAGUGUUUCGCUGCCAGCUAUUUGUUAAUGCCUACCUCGUGCAUAAUAAGAAUGCCAUUCCUUCAGAAGUCUUCACACAGCAAUUUUGGUAUUCUGUUGGACAACUCGUUACGGGCAAAAAGGUUACUCACAAGAAGGCGCUGAACGACGACAUCAAAAAUUAUUUUGAUGACUUUAAGGAAAAGCAUCCGACAAUAGUAAUCAGUCAGAGCUUCACUAAAGGUUACAGCCACUGUCUCACAGAAGCCGCCAAGGAGAUAAGCGUUUCGUAUACUAACUCUAUUGUUGAGCUUUUUGAACAACGAGUGCUUAAAUAUCUAACCUAUAAGCUGCAAAACAUGUUUGUUAGCAUGAAGAAGACCGACGCAGUGGAAAUAUCAAAAGAAUACUGCUACCAAGUAAUUUGCAAAGGCGAACCCAACUGGCCUGAUAGAAUCAUGCUUAGUAAAGAAGACAAAAGCAAGAUAGAGAUGCUAUGCAAAAGCUUUGAGAAACUUAUAACGGAAAAGGUUACGCUGCUUUCCUUAUCAUCCGAUCCCGCCAAGUUUACCAAAGCAUUAUGGCACAUCCUAUCCUCGUAUGAAAAGGAACAUGACGAACAUGCAGCUUACGAUGUCCGUAGAUUACCGUUACCGAAGCGCUUCUUCCCUUUCCCUCUGCCUUCGCUCCAUUGGCGUUUCAUCUCCAUAAGCGUCAACUCGCUCCUUCCAUUCAUGUUUCCCGGUAUAGCUCCGAAAGGCUAUACAAAUCAACUCGAAAAGUUUUAUCAAGUGUUCAGCUUUAAGAAGAUGGGAUUUGAUAGUUUGAAUGACCUCAAGACAAGCCAAGAGACCC